UCUCAAUUAGCAAUAAGCAAUGGCUAAUAUCUCUUCCUCUUCUUCUUCAUUCUCAUUUCUAAUCGUCCUUUCUGUUCUUCUUGUUGUAGCUAAUAAUUUGCCUACGUCUCAUGGGCGCCCGCAAAAUGUUCAAGUUAGUGAUAUAUUCUUCAAUGACCUCGGUAACCAAAUACCACAAAUGAUUUCGGGUAUUCCUGUUGAUAUAGCCUUAAUCUUUGAUGCCGGUUAUACUGCUCCAUUACUUUUGCAGAGGGUUACAGCCAAUCCCAACGCAUUUACAAAAAAUUUGCUAAUCUUUUCGCUGGGUGGUGGUGUUGCUCCAAUUAAUUGGGGUACGCCUACCAUAAUGAACCAGAUUGAGAAGUUAUGGGACUGCGCCGACUAGUAAUCGAAUAUCUAUCUUAAUUACCAAAAAUUAAGGCCUCAUCAAGUACUGCGUGUAUGUAUGCCAAGCUAUACUUACGCAAUUGUGAUGAAAAUCACAAGGUGUGACGACGGGGAAUUAAGGAUUGUCUCCGCUACCUACCUAUGGUAAUAUGCAUGGCUUUCUUCUUCGUACGUUUAUAAUUAAGUUAUCCUCUUCCUCCGAUCUAUACUAGAGGCUGGUUUGUCUUUGUAACCUGUUACGUCUGUGUCUGUUUUUGCUUUUCCCUUUCUGUGUUUGUCUCCGUAAAAAAGAACAAGAAAAAAAUAAUAACUUGUUCUUGUAUUACAUUGGCGUUUCCUGCUAGAUAAUUUUAAUUGUUGUCAUUUUCAAAAAAAUAAAUAAUAAUAAUUUUUGCGAAUCAGUUGUUAAGAGUUGG